AUGGAGCGGAAGCUGGAGCCGAACGAAAUUAGCUACAGCGCUGGAGUCGGCGCGUGCGGAGCCAGCGGGCAGUGGCAGCAGGCGCUGUCUCUGCUCAGGGACAUGCGUGACGCCAGGCUGUCGAACGCCUUCGGCCACGGUGCCGGGAUCCGCGCGUGCGGGAGCGCCCACGUGUGGUCGCGGGCGAUCUCGCUGCUCGGGGAGGCGGAGGCGCUGAGCUUGGAGCCGGACGUCAUCUGCUACAGCGCCGGGGUCAGCGCAUGCGAGGACGGCAUGCAGUGGCAGCACGCGCUGUCGCUGCUCGACGGGGUGUCGCGGGCGAGGCUCGGGCCAGACCUCAUCUGCUGCAGCGCCGGGAUCGGCGCGUGCGCAGUCUGCGGGAGGUGGCAGCGUGCGCUGUCGCUGCUCUGCGGGAUUCGGGAGGCGGAGCUGGCGCCCAACGCGCUAA